AUGAAAAAAUUUGCCACACUUUGAUACAAAUAUAUGGACAAGUGGCACACAUACCCAAAAAUAGUUCCCUUUUUGUUACCACCACCUUGCCUCUUCCUUUGUAUAAUUUUUUUUGUUACUAUUAUAACUGACAUUCAAAAUCAAAUCUUUUGUAUUAUCCCUUCUGAUGAAAAGUAGAUAAAAGGGUGCUUUUGUUUGAGUAUUUGGGGCUUUAAACUUUGAAAGGACAGCUUUUGAAUGCUGAUGCAGAAUUUUAGCAGACAUAGGUUUAGCCAAUUUAUAAAUUGAGCCAUAGAACCCAUCUUUUUGGAGCGUUUAAUGAUACUGAGCGAGUCUUCUCAAGGGAAUUCUUUGAUGGGGAGUGUAUGUUCAUGUAAAAGAGACCACUAUGCUGAUGAGAACAUAACUAGAAGAGGCUUUUCUGGUAGAUACUUCAAAUUUGGGAGCUCAAAAUGGCUAGAGUCCUCCCUUUUUUUGCCCGCUACGUGUUGUCAAUUUCAACAAAGUCGUUGUCCGUCCCUCAUGGAAUUAUGCAUCUGUAAAAUAUGCAAGGACAUCGACAAAUAUCGUUCAUUUUCAAUGCUCCCAAGAGACAUAAGCCAGUUGAUAUUCAACCAUCUGGUGGAUUCAUGCAGCCUUUCUGAUAGUUGUAUUGAGGCUUUUAGAGAUUGCGCCCUGCAUGAUAUGUGCAUGCGAGAACAUACAAGAGUAAACAAUAAAUGGAUGGAUGUCAUUUCUUCACAAGGAUCAUCAUUACUGUCUGCAUAUAUCUCUAGCACUGAGGUUACAGAUUUUGGUUUAAGCCUCCUAAGGAAUUGCUCAAACCUCCAAGCCUUAGGUUUGGAUUGCUGCGACAAAAUUUCUGCCCCUGGCAUAAAGCACAUUGCUGGUUUUACGGAUUUGAAAUACUUGAGUUUUAGAAAAUGCAAUGGGCUCAGUGCUGAUUCAAUGGAAAGUUUAUCUAGCUCAAUGAAACUAGUCAAGUUGGAGUUUGAGCGAUGUCCUCUAAUUCAUGGAGGUUUUAUUCAUCUUGAAGGUUUGACGAACCUUGAAUCUCUCACUAUAAGAAACUGCAAAUUUAUUACGGAUUCAGACUUGAAGCCUCUUGCAGGGCUUGUGAAUUUGAAGGAACUUCAGAUUUCAUGUAACGACAUAACAAAUGUUGGAGUGUCUUAUUUAAGAGAUCUGUACAAACUAGUCGUGCUAAACUUGGAAGGGUCUGUUGUUACUGCGUCAUGUUUGGAUUACCUCACAGCUCUCACUUCGUUGAAGUCACUAAAUGUCAAUAGAUGUCACCUUUUAGAUGAUGGAUGUGAGAAGUUUUCGGCACUCAGCAGUUUGAAAGAGUUGAAUCUGGGAUUUAACAAUAUCACGGAUACAUGUUUGGUACAGCUAGAAGGGAUGACAAAAUUGGAAGGCCUCUACUUGGAUUCUUGUAGGAUUAGCAAUGAUGGUCUCGCUCAUUUAGCUGGCCUUUCAAACUUGAAAGCUUUGGAGCUGUCUGAUACUGAAGUUGGAAGGAAUGGAAUACUUCAACUCUCUGGGUUGACGAAAUUGGAGGAUCUCAAUCUCUCGUUCACCUCAGUAAUUGACAGUGGUUUGAAAGAGUUAUCUGGAUUGACUUCUCUGAGGUCACUUAACCUUGAUGCUCGUCAAAUUACAGACUCGGGACUUGCAGUUCUCACCAGUUUAACUGGAUUGACUCAUCUGGAUCUUUUUGGUGCUCAGAUUACAGAUUCCGGGACAAAAUAUCUGUCAUAUUUCAAAAACCUCCAAUCUCUUGACCUCUGUGGUGGUCGGUUGACGGAUGCUGGGGUGAAGAACAUAAAGGAUCUUACUUCUCUGAUGUUGCUAAACCUGUCACAGAACUUGAAGCUAUCAGAUACAGCCUUGGAGCUUCUAUCAGGAUUGACAUCAUUGGUUUCUUUGAAUGUCUCAAACUCUAGAAUUACCAGUGACGGUUUGCAGCACCUGAAGCCUCUCAAGAAUUUGCGCUCGCUAUACCUAGAAUAUUGUGGGGUGACAGCAUCUGAAAUCAAGAAACUUCAAGCUACAACCCUUCCGAAUCUUGUGCGAUAUCGUCCUAAUGAAUGAAAAUAGUUUACCUUAGGCAUAAAACUAUAGAUAGACAGCUAUUUUGGUGUGUAGAUAGACAGAAUAACACCAAUAGGCUAUUAUCUGCAUAUACUAAUGUCUGAUAAAGAGCAAAGAUCCUCUUUUUCUGUUUUGCCAAUAGUUAUAUGUGUUUUCUGGUAUUUCAACCCACGUUCACUCUGUCAGGGGGAAGGGUCGGGUGUGAUGUUGACAAUUUAUCUGAAAGUAUAAAUGGCUAUUACUUUGCAUUA